CAGACGCAAGAGGGAAGCGCGAGCGUCGCCGUCAUUGUGUGGUCGUCGGCUGUGUGCUGCUGUUUAUCUCUCCCUCCUUCAGAAAAAUGCCGGAGUUAGCUGUGGAAAAUGUGGUCGUCCAUCCGCUGGUGCUGCUCAGCGUGGUCGACCACUUCAACAGGAUAGGGAAGGUUGGCAAUCAGAAACGAGUGGUCGGUGUCCUCCUGGGAUCAUGGCAUAAAAAAGUUCUUGACGUCUCAAAUAGUUUUGCAGUGCCAUUCGACGAGGAUGACAGGGAUGACUCGGUGUGGUUCCUGGACCACGACUACCUGGAGAACAUGUAUGGCAUGUUCAAGAAAGUUAAUGCCAGAGAAAGAAUAGUCGGAUGGUACCACACAGGACCCAAAUUACAUAAAAAUGACAUUGCCAUCAAUGAGCUCAUCAAGCAGUACUGUACCAAUUCGGUGUUAGUCAUUAUAGAUGUGAAGCCCAAAGAUCUUGGUCUCCCCACAGAAGCGUACAUCUCGGUGGAGGAAAUACAUGACGAUGGCACUCCGACAUCCAAGACAUUCGAACACGUCACCAGUGAAAUCGGAGCUGAGGAAGCAGAGGAAGUGGGAGUGGAGCACCUGCUCAGAGAUAUUAAAGACACCACAGUGGGCACUCUGUCUCAACGCAUCACAAACCAGGUCCAUGGCCUGAAGGGACUCAACUCAAAGCUGUUGGACAUUCGCUCUUACCUGGAGAGAGUGGUUGCAGGCAAACUUCCCAUCAACCACCAGAUCAUCUAUCAGCUGCAGGAUGUUUUCAACCUGCUGCCAGAUGUUAACUUACUGGAGUUCACAAAAGCCUUCUACCUGAAGACCAACGACCAAAUGCUGGUGGUUUACCUGGCCUCUCUCAUACGCUCUGUGGUGGCCCUGCACAACCUCAUCAACAACAAGAUUUCCAACCGAGACGCGGAAAAGAAGGAAGGACAGGAAAAGGACGAAGGCAAGAAAGAGAAGAAAGACGACAAAGAGAAAAAAGAUGACAAGGACAAAGACAAGGAGAAGGAGAAAGCAGAUGGUGCCAAGAAAGAUGAGAAGAAGAAAAAAUGAGAGUAGUUCUGUUCAAGUCUUCUCUCAAAUCAUGCCGUCUUCAUCUGGAUGGUGCUUUACUUUGUGCCCUCAGUCACUGUUCUGUAUGUGGGUCUCGGGCUAAAAGUAGGGCUCUAUAUGGGGAAUGGUGUCAUCUGAGAUUUGGCCCCAUGGUCACAAGUGGCACUCAAAGACUCUUAUUAUCGUACAGAGAUGCCGAUGUUUGCUUCUUUGGCGCUCUGAACUAUGAGAACACGUUAACUGUUUUUAUAGUUGCCCAUUCUCCUGGUGUUGAUCAACACCUGGUGUUGCUUUUUUUGUAAGAUGGAGAAAUGUUUUUUUUCUGUAUCACUCAUUAAAUUGGGAUCAUAUUAA